AUGCAAUAAAGAAAGAGAGUUAAGACUUUGUUAGAUUAUAAUUAAAUUGAAAAAAACCUUCUCAAUAGUGGGUUAUCAGAAAAAGAAAAAUCCAUUGUGAAUUUAGCUAUACGAGAAAGAAAAUUUAAUCUAAGAACAAGAAUUAAAUCAGUUAAUUCGAAGGCGGAACUCUGCAAAAAUUAUAGAGAAUAUGAAGAUAAGAUGAAACUGUCAAUUGCUUAAAUUGUUGAUUUUGAAUACAAAUAAUCUAGAUAAAGUGUUCCAACUGUUAAACAUAAAGGUUAGUUCACAACAAUAUUUUCCAUUCCUAAACCAAGGUAUGAUCCUUCCAUAGUGUAUGGUUCAUAAAACAAUAAAACAGUACUUCAAAUUAAUGAGAUACUUAAAAAGCUAUGA